CAGAACUUGGAUGAAACGCAGCGCAGACUGAAAGAUUCAUUUGUUGCUUCGGUUUGUUUCUUCUUGAAAGCAGACGAUAUGUGGAACAAUGCUGUCUCUAUCGUAAUUAUCAUCGUUCCGAGUUAUUACUGGGGAAGAAGUUUACUUUUUCUUCGAAAAGUUUGAAGUGUUUCUUGAAAGAAUAUUCGUUUACAUGCAUGGAUUUAAAAAACAUUUUCGUCUGCAGAUAGUUUACAGGCAAGUGAAAGCAACGGCGUUUCAUUAUGUGAACGGAACGUAAAAAAUUUUCGCAGCAAGUUAAUAAUUUUGUAGGUGACAUUAGAGCUAUAUGUUUUUGUUAUUGCCAUUUUAGGCCUUCUAGUUUAAAACAUAAGGGAAAAAAAAGGAAUUUAAAACUUUUCUUCUCGGAUUUUUAAAAUUUAUAUUCCUACGAAACUAAUUAACGAACAGUAAGAAGCUAGAUGAAUCUAAUUGUAAAAAAUGCUGACUUUAAUAUUUGAACCUCUUUUAAAGAAAAAACAUUAAAAAAAAUGAAUAAUUAAAGUUAAUGAAACAAAUAUUAAGGAAUUUAUUAAAGAUUACAAAUAUUGCUACUUGCUGUAAAUUAUGCACAGAAGCUCAGUGUUAUUAAGUACAUUAAAAAACAAAAUAAAAGUUCCAAAGUUUAACAUUUAUUUCGAUCUUUUGAUUUAUGAUUAGUAAAAAAUUGUUAAUUUUUAUGAAAUUCGAAUUUUUAUUGCUAUACUUUUAACAUAUGAAAGAGAAUUCAUUAGCUAAUAAUAGCCGAAAUAUAACAUAUUAACUACACUGGCGAAGAAAUUUAGUUUGGCAUUUUAAAAAUCUGUAAAUUAAAAAUGCAAAAUAUCCGCAAUCACUUCUAAAUUUCUGAUUAAAAACCUGACGAAUUUUUUUAAAAUUAAGCAUAAAAGAAUAUUCGUUUCUGAAAAACUAAAAAUUUCCUUUGUGUAAAUAAUACUUUAUCAGAAAUAAAAACUAUUUUCAGUUAAACAUACAUUAUUCUUCACUUCUAAUGGAGUUUGUUACAUUAGAUUUGACUCUAGAGUAAUUGUAAAAUUUUCUUUUAUUUCGUUUAAAUAUUAAAUUUGCUAUGAGAUAAAAUGCAUUUUAAAUGGUCAAAAUAAUAAAAAGUUUCUUUUACUUUUCUCGUGGUUGAGUUUUUACUGCAAUUUUAUAUGAAAUGAACAAUUUUAAAACUUUGCCCUUUUUAGAAGUUAUUUUUAAGUAAUAGCUUAAAAAAACUUUGAUUUCGCAUUUUACUGAAUUAAAUAUUUGUUGUUACAAAUAUAAAAAAAGGAUAAAAUACAAAAAUAAUGCACAAUUAAAGAAUUUAGAAUUAGAUUUAUAACCCAUUUAACUGAACGUUUUCUAAAGUACGCUGAACUGCAUCUGUAAAUAUAGUAACUGAAGAGACUGUUUCUUUUAUCAGAAAUUCGAAUGAAAUGCUGUAUCGCCUUAGACAAGAUUUUGAUUCAAGGAAACUUCCACUGCACUAUCGCCUGCUUUUUCAAUCCGGAAGAGAUAUGUUUAUUCUACAAUGCUGAUGUUUUGGUUUAUUACGAUAUUUUUACAAAGCACAAUGGCAAAAUGAAAUAAAUUCCGGAGGCAUUAUAACAUCUAGGAAGGAAAAACUAAAAAGAGACGAAAAAAGAAACUAAAAUUAGCGCACUCCUCUGAACAACUGAACCAAAGCAUGGGUAACGGAGCGAGCUUUAUCUUAUGCCGUUCGGAGACGAAAAAGGACUCGGAGACUGAUUCUUUUGAGAUGGACCUGCGGGUCAGGGAAUUAGAAGAACGAGCCAGUAAUUUAGAAGCGCUUCUUAGAGAAGCUGAAGCUCAAGUGUCUGAUCUAAAAAAAGAGUUACUGUCAAGGGACAAGAGGAUAGAUUCUCUCCUCAGAGAAGUUCACAAAUUGAAGUCUGUACUAGAAGUUACAUCGCAAGAUGUGGCCCAACCCGAUCUUGUACCUUUCGCUGUGCCCAAAUCGGACGUAUCGGGACCAGUUCCUUCUCCUAUUGGAGGUCCUGGCGGCAAGAAACAAGGUGUUUCAGGUGAGAGUGGAGCGCAGAACUUCAAAGGAAUGAUAGAUUAUAUUCUGGAGAAACACGAGAAAGAUUUCAGAUGGAAACAGUUGAUCAAAGAUGCCAUCUUGGGAAAUGAUUUCUUGCAACAUUUGGUGAACUCAUAUCAAGUAAAAGAAAUAGUAGACUGCAUGUAUUCAAAAGAGGUGCCUGCUGGCUCCCUGGUCAUAAGGGAAGGAGAGCCUGGAAGGCACCUAUACGUUUCUGCAGAAGGAGAGCUGGAAGUCAUUAAAGGUGAAAAAUCAUUGGGUAAAAUGGGACCAGGAAAAGCUUUCGGAGAGCUGGCCAUUCUUUACAAUUGCACGCGGACUGCCACAGUUAAAGCUGUGACUGAUGCCUUACUUUGGGUUCUUGAUCGAAGAGCUUUCCAAACCAUCAUGAUGGUCACAGGUAUACAAAGACAAGAGGAAAAUAUAAAUUUUUUAAAAAGUGUUCCUCUUCUGCAAAAUCUCAGUAAAGAAGUGCUGUCAAAAAUGGCGGAUGUUCUAGAAGUGGAUUUUUAUCCAGCUGGUGAGUACAUAAUUCGUCAAGGUGCUACUGGUGACACAUUCUUCAUCAUCAGCAACGGUCAGGUUCGGGUGACGCAAAAAGUGAUUACAGAUGACGGAAUUUAUGCUGAGGAAGAAAUUCGUUGUCUGGGACGUGGAGAAUAUUUUGGUGAACAAGCUUUGCUGAGGGAAGAUCGUCGCACCGCGAACGUAAUUGCCAUGGAUCCUGGAGUAGAAUGCCUGGCUCUGAAUAGGGAAUCAUUUAAUCAACUCAUUGGUGAUUUGCAAGAACUUCAGACUAAAGAUUAUGGAGAUGAAGCUAGACUGCGGAGGAUAUCCAAUCUGUCUUCAUCACCUGUAUGUCUGGACGAAGAAUACAAGCAUAUACAACUGGACGAUCUCGAUGUCUUAGCAACUCUUGGAGUUGGUGGAUUUGGGAGAGUUCAGCUGGUACAGUACAUUUACGACAAACAGAAAACAUUUGCUCUUAAAAUUCUAAAGAAAGUGCAUGUGGUGGAGACACAACAACAACAGCAUGCUCUCAGCGAGCGAGCAAUUAUGAUGUCAUGUAAACACCCUUUCAUUUGCAGAAUGUACAAGACAUUCAGGGAUGAAAAAUACGUUUUCAUGUUAAUGGAAGCAUGUCUAGGUGGAGAAGUUUGGAGCAUUCUAAGAGACAGGGGUUCUUUCGACGACGCAACUACGCGGUUUAUAACAGGUUGUGUGACGGAAGCCCUUGAAUAUCUACACAACAGAAACAUAAUAUAUAGGGACCUGAAACCAGAAAACUUGCUAUUAGAUGCUGAAGGCUAUGUCAAGUUGAAACCCUUCACCUACUUUUACAAAUUUAUAUAUUUGAAAAAAACCAAAGCUGAAGGUAACAAUUUGGCAAUUUAGCAACUGAAUCCAAAA